AUGAAAAAGCUUUUUAUUCAAAUUUCUUUUCUUUUACUUUUCUUUCAUUUACUUCUUUGUGAUCCGGAUUGUCUUGAUGGAUAUUUCUAUAAAGAAGAGCUCGAUCUUUGUCUACAAUAUCCAAUCUUUAAUGGCAAUCGCUAUCAAAUCGAUUGGAAAACAGCGAGCUUGUUUUGUCAGAAAUCUGGUGGAAAUCUUCCAUCUAUUCAUAACGCUUUCACAAAUGGAAUUUGGGCCGAUUUACAGAAAAUAAGCGGACACACGUCCGAGUUCUGGUUGGGUGCUGAGCAUGAAUCGAAUGAAACAUGGAGAUGGAUUGAUGAGACUCCCUUUGAUUAUCAACAUUUCCAACGAUCAACUGCUGUUGGUGAUUGUGUGACGCUGGAUGCUAGCGAUCAGUUGUGGAAAUUACGAGAUUGUCUAGGAUGGAGAUUUUUCUUUUGCACAAGUCAACCACUCCUCUCAACUGAUUCAACGAGUUUUCCAACAACGAUUUUUCCAACACAUUUU